CCAAGAAUAAUCUGCAGAAAGACUUGGAAAGCCUAGUUGGUAGCAGCUACAAAUGGCAGUGAUACCUGAAAUAACUCUAAGCUCCUGUGGGAAAACGAUGCCGGUGAUCGGCAUGGGAACAUCACCGUAUCCUCCAACUGAUAAAGAAACAACAAAAACUGCCCUUAUUGAAGCCAUUAAAGCAGGCUACCGCCACUUCGACACUGCGUUGGCGUACAGAUCAGAAGAGCCUCUUGGGGAAGCAAUAUCUGAGGCCUUGCGUCUGGGUCUGAUCAAAUCUAGAGAUGAACUCUUCAUCACUUCCAAGCUAUGGAGCAGCUUCGCUGACAAAGAUAUGGUGGUGCCUGCCAUCAGGAUGAGCCUAAGGAAUCUUCAGCUGGAAUACUUGGAUUUGUACCUUAUACAUUGGCCAUUCAAAUUGAGCCAAAACGUUCGUUCACUGCCAACUACAAGAGAAAAUAUAUUUCCUUUGGACAUUAAAUCUGUGUGGGAAGGCAUGGAAGAAUGCAAAACUCUUGGCCUUACUAAGGCUAUUGGUGUCAGCAAUUUUUCUUGUAAGAAACUCGAGGAGCUUCUCUCCACUGCUAAAAUUCCUCCACCCGUAAAUCAGGUGGAGAUGAACCCACUUUGGCAGCAGAAGCAACUGAGGGAGUUUUGCAAGGGAAAAGGUAUUCAUAUUACAGCUUACUCACCGUUGGGUGCAAAUGGAACUAAAUGGGGUGACAACAGAAUUCUAGAAUGUGAUGUGCUUCAACAAAUUGCCAAAGCAAAAGGCAAAACUACAGCUCAGGUUGCGCUGAGAUGGGUGCAUGAGCAAGGAGUGAGUUUGGUGGCAAAAAGUUACAACAAGGAGAGGAUGAAGGAGAACCUACAGAUCUUUGACUGGUCGUUGACCGAGGAGGAGUCGAACAAGAUCAGUAACCUUCCUCAACGCAAAGGAGUUCUAGUGGCCAACAUUCUAGGGCCACACGAUUUUAGUCUAGAGCUUGAUGCAGAGAUAUGAAUCCCAAUUAAUCCUUUUUCUUUUUAAUUUUACAAUAAUUGCUGGUCUAAUUUUACAGAAUUAGACCAUAUUUAGUGGUGUUUUAUGUUUUAAAUAAUUAAGUUGAAUUAUUAAUAAUUGCGCUUUUUAUUUUAUUAUAA